AUGACACUAGACAAGCAGAUUCACAAUGCUCGCAUUGUCUCGAGCGUCGCUGCCACCCUGAUAUCAUUGGCGUGUGGAACGAAUUAUGUAUACUCAGCAUGGGCCCCCCAAUUCGCCGACCGGCUACUUCUCUCCGCCACCGAGAGCAACUUGAUCGGUCUCUUUGGAAACCUGGGCAUGUACUCCGCGGGCGUGCCCGUCGGGAUGCUGGUUGAUUCGCGAGGGCCUCGGCCCGCCGUCAUCCUCGGCUCCGUGCUACUCGGAGUUGGAUAUUGGCCCUUGCACACUGCCUACAACGCCGGCCAUGGCUCCGUUUCCCUCAUGUGUUUCUUCUCUUACCUGACUGGGUUGGGGGGCUGCCUGGCCUUCGCCGCUGCCGUGAAAACAUCCGCCCUGAACUGGCCACAUCACCGCGGCACGGCCACGGCCUUUCCCCUGGCAGCCUUCGGUCUCAGCGCUUUUUUCUUUGCUUUGGUUGGAUCCAUCUUCUUCCCCGGCGACCCCGGUCGUUUCUUGGAGCUGCUUGCCGCAGGCACUUUCGGCAUCACCUUCAUUGGCUUUUUCUUCUUGCGCGUCUACCCGCACACUCAUUACCAUGCCGUUGCAUCGGGCGAUGACAGCAUGACGGACUCACAGCAGCUACACCGGACAACCUCACAUGACUCCAAGAACUCCCGCGUUAGCCGCGGGCCCCGUGUUGAACCUGGUAUGUCCACUAACACCACCAAUCAAGAAGGAACAACCUCAAACCCUCCCGUCAUUGCCGGCAGUCUAGACAGCUCAGCAGUUGAUGUUGAGGCUGCUGUUGCACCCAAAAGGACACCAGAAGAGGUCGAGGAAGCUGAGAUAGACGAGACCUCGUCUCUGAUGUCCCGGUCGACCUCGUCUUCUUCAUUACCCGGCGAUGUGUUAGUGCAGAGCAGUGUUGAUUUGGAUCGUUCUCAUCGUGUAGAUAUCCGCGGCUGGAAGCUCUUGAAGAACUGGGAGUUCUGGCAGCUGUUCAGUAUCAUGGCAAUUUUGUCAGGCAUUGGCCUCAUGACUAUCAACAACAUCGGAAAUGAUGUAACGGCUCUUUGGAAACAUUGGGACGAUUCGAUCGACGACAAAACUCUAGUCUUGCGGCAACAAUUGCACGUUUCCAUCCUCUCCAUCGGCAGCUUUGCAGGCAGACUGCUGAGUGGCGUGGGUUCGGACUUUCUCGUGAAAAUCGUUGGCGCCAGCCGGGUCUGGUGUCUUGUCAUCGCAGCAGCCAUCUUCUCCGUGGCGCAGGUCUGCGCGCUCAAUAUCACAAACCCCCAUAUGCUGGGUUUUGUGUCGGGCUUCAGUGGCUUGGGCUACGGCUUCCUCUUCGGCGUCUUCCCGUCUAUCGUUGCUGAGUCCUUUGGCAUCCAUGGACUUUCCCAGAACUGGGGUUUCAUGACACUUUCUCCCGUUUUGAGCAGCAACGUGUUCAACUUGUUCUAUGGCGCCAUCUUUGACGCCCACUCCAUUGUGGAGCCGGACGGCAGCCGAGACUGCACCGAGGGCUUGGAAUGCUACAGAGCUGCGUAUCUUGUGACCCUCGGCGCCUGCGCUGUAGGUGUUGUGGUCACUCUCCUUGUCAUUUGGGUGCAGAGAAGGGACCAGUUGAAGGAGAACAGCAAGGAUCGCGCUGAAGACUAA